GGGCCAGGGGGUGCCCACGGGCGCCCCGCUCUGGGCCGUGAUGGAUGUGUACGGGACCACCAAGGCCAUCGAGCUGCUGGAUCCCGCGGUCAGCGCCUUCCCCCCAGCCUCGCCCUGGGCCCUCCCACAGGAGACUCACCCGGACCUUGAAGCCCCAGCAGGAGAGGAGUGUGCCGUCUGCCUCCACCAAGCUGCCAACACCUGCCUUGUGCCCUGCGGCCACACACACUUGUGCAGCUACUGCGCCUGGCGGGUCUUCAGGGACACAGCCAAGUGUCCCAUGUGUCGCUGGGAGAUCCAGGCAGUGGUCCCUGCACGGGGCCCUCCAGCUCUGAGAACUGAAGAAGGCCUCCCGGUGUGAGCGGAGGCUGGGCUGGCUCUGAACUGUCCCCGCAGGGGAGAGGGGCAGCUGCCCUCCUUCCGGAGAAAAGCCAGAAGGGCUGGUUGGUAACAAGCACAGCAGAGAGGGAGGUGGGGACGGUGUCUCUUCCCUUUCCCCACAGGUUAGGCCAGUGGGACGCGGAGGAGCCCCUGACCAGAAUUUCUCCCUGAUGGGAGCCUGGUGUAUAUAGACAGUGGCUCGACCAUGGCCAGCGGGCUGGUGGUCCCUCUGCUUAGCUCCAGGUUCUUUGGUGCCUGGGGCUUGCCAAGGCUUUUGGCUGGCCACUUGGCACAGCCACAGCUGACCUAGCAAUCCCUGCACGCUUAAGACCAGGGUUCUUGGGACGCCAAGAAGCCACACGUGUUGAUGAGGAGGAUCUUCGUUCAGAGAUGGGUGGCCGGGCCCCUGGUGUGAGAGCUGAGGAAGUUCAUGUAGCUGCGCGUGCCUAUGGCAGCCCUGCCCACGGGAGUUGAGGAGCAGGGAGGCUGGGUGGAGUGUUUACAUCCCGUGUGGGAGCCGGGUGGCCGCCGACAAGUCCUCAGUGAAUUGGUCAGUGGUUCCCCGUUGCAGUGCGGCUGUGAGGACCCAGCGAGAUCACAUCUGAAGAUGAGUCAGCGCACGAGAGAGCACUGUUGUCAUUGUGCUUAUUCCCUUGCUAAUUUCCGAGCCAUCAAAA